AUGGAUUACAAUGAUUCUUAAGAAGCUUAUGAAGAUUUAUUAGAAACAAGCGGGCUAAAUCCAGAAAAAUUUAGAGAUAUUUUGUUUUAAUUAUUGAAAAGAACUUUGCUUAAUAACAUUCUUUUAACAAAAAAGGGAAAUUCAUCUUUAUAUAAAGGAUAAGCUAAAGUAUAUAAAGAAUAGGCUAAAUUAAAAGAAGUCUCAUUUGAAUAGAUCGAUGUAGCCUAUGUUUAAUUAUAUGCUUUUUUAUUCGGAGCUUAAAGUAUCAAUGAAAUUAUCCUCACUUAUAAAGAAAUUGGUGAAUUUUUUAAUUACAAAGCUGAUCCAUCAUUUCUUAUAUGUAGAAUAGCAUAAUCUGAUUAUGAUCUCAUUUAAUGCGUAGGUGAUAUAAUUGAAGAUGAUCUCCCAGAAUAAUUUUAAAAAGGACUAAAUAAAUUGUUUCAAACAAUCUUUUUUGCUUAGUCAUUCUAUUAAGAGAAUGAACUAAGAAAUCUUUUAAAAAAAUUUAGUUUUGAUAGCAGUCUAGAUCUAUAAAAAAUAAUUUUAAGUUCAUGUGAAUUAAAUUUAGAUUAUGAAUAAUUAUAAUUGAAAAGAUCACUUUUACCUGCUUUGUAUGAACCAGUUUUUGCUGAUUUAGUAUUAGAAUUAAAAGAAUAAAUUAUAGAUAAAUUAAAAACUUAAAAUGAUAAAUAAUCUGAAUUGUUUGGCACAUCUCUAGCUCAUGAGUUGAAUUAAUAAAAUUAGCAUAAAUCAACAUUAACAUACAAAAGAUUAGCCAUAUUGAAAGCCAUUGCUUAUGACGAUUAGUAGUAAGUACUUAAAGAUAUUGUAUAAUAAAUUAAAGUUUAAUAGGAAUAAGGAUAAGGAUAGGGAUAAAUAAAGAAUAUUUCAUCUAUUUUGGAAGAUUACUCUGUUUAUAUUAAUUUAGUUCUUUUAUGUAAUAAGUAUUUCUAAAAUCCAUUUGAAGUUCUAAAAAACAAUUUGUAAAUAAUUUUCUAAAUAUGUUACUAAAUGAUUACAGAUAUCAAUUAAACUUAAAAAACUAACUGCGUUUAUUCUAUUUUUGCAAAGUUGCUUGAUGAAACUAGGUGCCUUGAUAUUUUGUAAAGUGAUCCUAUUAAAGAAUGUAGGUCUAAGAUAAAAAAAGCAUAGUAUUUUCAAAAAUUUAACAAUAUGAGACAAAACUUUAGAAGUUAAAUUGUAGAGAACCCAAUUGAAAUGGCAAAAGAAACUUGUUCUUUAUGUUAACUAUAAUUUUAAAAAGAUGAAAUUUAAUAUAGAACUUUAUUGAUUUCAUAUAGUAACAUUCACAAAUAUAUUCAAAUGAUUCCUUUACCUGUAUAAUAAAUUUAAGAAUAUGACUUUUAACAACUCGUAUGUUCAUGUUGUUAACACUCUAUUCAUAAAUCAUGUUUACUAUAAAAUUAAUAAUAAUAUUCUAUAGAGGAGUUUAAAUAUUUUAGAUGUCCUAUUUGUUUACUUCCAUAUAACUUUCCAUUUGUUAGUCCAAAGUAUAUUUAGUCUGCUAAUGACAAGAUGUUGGCAGAAAAUUUAGAAUUUUUUUUAUAAACCUUACCAGAUAAAAAACUAAUUGAAUAUUAUCAAAAAUAUUAAGCAUAGGAAGAAUUAAAAAUCACAAAAAUUUUAGAUGAAAUUUUUUCUUAAGUUCUUUUUAACUUAUUGUUUUCAUUAUUGAGUGAUAUAAUUAAAUUUAAAUCGUAAAAUACCCAAUUGUUAUUAUAAGAUGUUGUAGCUUUAUUAAGAAUAAUCUAUCAAUAAAAUUAAACUACUAUUUUAUAAUAAUUUGUUGAUGAUAAUAAUAAUUAGAUCCUGUUUGGUAUUUUAAAUUUAAUAAUGUAAUUUUAAAUAAAGGAAAAUAAGAUGGAUAAUUUUAAGUCAGGAUUAAAUUUCAUUCUUUCUUAAAAUACAAAUUAAUUUGCUCUUGUUGAAGCUUUAACCUAGAAUAUCAUCAAUCCAAAUUUUGUUUAACAACUCUUGCCAUAUAAUAUAGAAAAAGUAAGAUCUUAACUACGAUAAGAUUUUAUAUAGAAAUUUUAAUUAAAUUUUAAGGAAUUUUUAUUAAAGUAUUACCUAGCACCUUGUAAAAAGAAAACUUGCAGUUUUUUACCAUUAUAAAGAAUAGGAAAUUAAGAGCAAUGCUAAUACUUAUGUUUGAUCUGCUUUAAAAAGAUUUGUAGUCAUUUUUGCGGUAAACCAUCAAAUGUAAAUAUUUUUAUUUAUAUAGAAAAAAAUUGGAAAUUUGUCUAGACAUUGUAACAAAAGACACUGUGGUCAAACGUUAUAUUUAAAUUUAAGCAAUAGUUAAAUUAUUAUAAUGAAAUAACCAUACAUCCUCAUUAACAAAAAUCCCUUAUUUAAGAAUUUAAUCGGAGAAUUACCAUACAUUGGAUAUUAUUAAUCAAAUUAUUAUGAAAGAUUCAAGUUAAAUCUUAAAACAAUUGAUUAAAUUAUCGAGAUUAUUAUUGGAGAUAAAUAUCUUCAUAUGUUAUUUUAAAACAUAAAGAAAGUUCAGAAAUCUAUUUUGUGA